AUGUCGAAAAUCGCUCCCCAGUCGGUCGGGCUCACGCAGCUCCCUCGCGAGCUUGUCUACCAAAUCUGCGAGCUCGUCUAUCUAAACAAGACAACGGACUUGUUCAAGCUUGCGAAAGCCGUACCCGGGGAACCCGAUCGAUUCAAGCUAACUUGCUUUAAAGUCCUGUACAAGAACGAGGGAGGGGCGGCGUUGAGUUGGGCAGCGCAGGGUUAUCUUGAUGGAAAAUUUGACCUUGAAAAGACUGUCGAUUUUAUCCACCGAUGUCUCGAUUUCGGCGAUGCUCAUGCUAAGUUCAACGUUAUCGACGGAUGGAAACAGCACUCAUGGGGGAGCAUGAUCCAUCUCGCGGUGUAUCUGGGAGACGUGAAGUUGGUCGAACGACUGACGCAGAGAGGCAUUGACGUCAACGUCACAGACAGCAAGACCCGGACCUCGCUGCAUCGGGCGUGCUCGGCCGACUAUAGGAAUGCGAGUGCCCAGGUUCUCAUCCGCCAUGGCGCCAACUGCAACGCAAGAGACUUGAAGGGAGAUACCCCUCUGUUCUCCAUGGCCAAUCUUAAAGACGUGGCAGGUGUCGAGACUACCUUCAAGGGGCUAAUCGCGGGCGGCGCCGAAGUCAACAUCGUGAGCAAUAAGAACCGGAGCCCUCUGGGAGAAGCGGCAGUUCGUGGUGCAUAUCGUCUACUCGAGUUGCUUCUGGAGCAGCAAGCAGACGUGAAUUUGGGCACGAGAUCGAGCCCUGAGCAGGAUCGGAGGGGCAAAAAUGACAUGCGCCCGUUAUACAUACUGCUGUCUGACGAAUCUGGUGUCUGGAGUUCGCCGGAGGUCCCAAGCACAACAACGGCGAGGCUUGUAAGGAAGAUGAUUGACCAAGGCGCCGAGCUUGACAAUCGAGUGCUCCCCGGGCUGCUCCGCCUUAAACUUGGCGCCGAACGAGACCUCGUGCAUUGGCUGCGAGCCAAGUUCGGCCUCACCGUCGAGGAUGUCAGAGACACACUUGACACCUUGAGCGGCCAGAAGUGCGACUACGGGGCCACGCAGGCCAGCCUGGACUACUUGUUUAACGAGUGCCUCCCCGAAGAUCCUCGACUUCUGGAGCAAUGGGGUUUUCUCCCCAAGUUUCUGGGAAGCUCCGCGGUAAGGCAUCCAGACAUUAUGCGUCUGGCCGGGGCCGCCUUCGAUCCAGCAUUCACACUUGGUCGUCACGUUACCCUUCUCAUGAUCCUGCUGGGUAACAAACAUUACGACUACGCAACCUGCUCCCACGUCCUUGAUUCCCUGUUGGACCGAGGGGUAGAGGUGAACGCGCAAGACUAUGCCGGGCUCACAUGCGUCCAUCAUUUGCUAGAAGGCGGCUUUGCACGAGUGCUUGCGAAAGAACGGGAGAAAGAACGGGAGACUGGCGACUUCAGCGUCAAGGCCUAUACACUCAGCUUUCGACGCACCUUGGACAAGCUCUUGAAACGCGGCCUGAAGCUCAAGCACCACAGCAUCACCAAGUUCAACCACUUGCAUCACAUGGCCGUUUCAAGCAGGGCCGACUCUCUGCCCGAUUGCGCCAGAAUCCUGAUUGCGCAGGGCGUCGACCCGACUGCCAAGGACUCGGAGGGCAAGACUCCGCUUGACCUCUACCGCGGCGUAAUAGAGCGCGGUCAUGCACUGCGAAAGCCAGGCGACAAGGGAGUUGGGCCUUUUAUGCAAGCAUUGCUGGAUAACAUGCCACGCAAGAAGUGA